AGGGAUCAUGGGCAUGUGGACCUCGAGCAUGGAUGUCUUCCUAAGUCUUUGGAGGAUGUACGUGUUUCCGAGAGGUCCUGCAUGGGUGGACUUUCUCCAGCACUUGGGAGUGUGCUGUUUUGUGGCCUUCAUUUCAGCGAGCCUCCUCUCUGUGGCCUUCUACUGGUUUCUGCCAUCAGCGGUGGCCUUCGCCACCUCCUGGAUGGUCAUGUGUGUUCUCUUGGGCUGCUCCAGGCACGCCCGCUGUUUCAUUCUUCUGGUCUUUCUCUCGUGUGGCCUGCGCGAAGGCAGGAACGCUUUGAUUGCAGCUGGCACGGGCAUAGUGAUCUUUGGCCACGUGGAAAAUAUUUUUCACAACUUUAAAUGUUUCCUGGACAGUAUGACUUGCAACCUCAGGGCAAAGAGCUUUUCCGUACAUUUUCCACUUCUGAAAAAAUACAUUGAAGCCAUUCAGUGGAUUUAUGGCCUGGUCACUCCACUGAAUAUAUUGGAUGACCUCGUUUCGUGGAAUCAGACCCUGGUGGUCUCUCUUUUCAGUCCCAGACAUGUCCUGGAGGCACAGCUAAACAACACCAAAGGAGAAGUCCUGAGUGUCUUACACCCUGUGACCACCAUGAUGGAGGUGUUUUCCUCCCUGGGGCAGAAGCUGCUCGCCUUCGCUGGGCUUUUUCUUGUUCUGCUCAGCACUGGCCUCUUCAUGAAACGAUUUUUGGGCCCCUGGGGUUGUAAGUUUGAAAACAUCUACAUCACCAGGCAAUUUGUUCAGUUUGAUGAAAAGGAGAGGCAUCAACAGAGGCCCUGUGUCCUCCCACUGAAUAAGAGGGAGAGGAAGAAGUAUGUGGUCAUCCCAUCUUUCCGGCUGACUCCUAAAGAGAGGAAAAACCUGGGGCUGUUUUUCUUCCCCAUACUUACCCAUCUUUCCAUCUGGGUGCUGUUCACGGCUGCAGAUUAUCUGCUGUAUCGGCUCAUUUUCUCCGUGAGCAAACAAUUCCAAAGCUUGCCAAGACUUGAAGUUCACCUGAAACUGCACAAAGAGAAACAAGGAACUCAAGACCUCAUCCAUGAUUCUUCUUUUAAUAUAUCUGUCUUUGAACCCAGCUGCAUCCCUAAACCUAAGCUCCUUCUGUCUAGGACUUGGGUUCCUCUCAGUAUUAUUCUUGUGAUAUUAAUGAUGCUGGGACUGUUGUCCUCCAUUCUGAUGCAACUUAAGAUCCUGGUGUCCACAUCCUUCUACCCCAACAUGGAGAGGGAGCGAAUUCAGUACCUACAUGCAAAGCUACUUAGAAAAAGAUCAAAGCAGCCACCGGAAGAGUUCAAAAGGAAACUGAGUCUGUACUUUAAAAAGGUUCAUUUCUGGCUUCCAGUCCUGAAAAUGAUUAGGAAGAAACACACAGACAUUGAGGCCGAAGACAAUCCACAGGAGUCUGAAUAGCUCUUGAUCCAUGUGCAAUGCAUCAUUCUUCUCAGGUCUACCGUUGGUGGUCACUGUUUAUGCCCACUACUGGAGGGCUAUGCCACAAGGCCACAGAGAGGUUUGGGUUUUGCAGGGUCACCUUACAUCACCUGGUUAUUCCUCCAAAUGACUUGUUAUCUUUAAGUCAAGAGGUACCAUGCAAAUGGUUUUGGGUCUGUCUUUCAUACAAAGUACAUGAUCUGGACGGAGUCACCACAGGACUAUACCCAGGCCCAUUGGUGAUGAGCUUCAGAGUACAAUACUAGUCAAAGAAAAAGAAUGGGAAAUAAAACAAUGGAAAUCUGUACUGAAUUCUUACUAGCAAAUGCCAAGGAGAACAUACACGCAUAAAGUCUGCAAAAUAUCUUAAACUCUCUUGUGCCUUUUCUGCCUUUAUAAAUAUAUUUCAUACUAUUCCCUACCUCACAAUUGUCUCUCUCCCCCAGGCUCCUAUUCAAACCCUCUUUCCAAAACCCAUUUCCCGCAGCUCCCACUGUCUUCUUACCAACACCUUCUCUCCUGCACCUUGCUUGCUUCCAUAUCUUUUGUUAUCCCUUAUAGCAAAUCCUCCAGCCUGAGAACAAUGACAGGGUGGCCUAGGGACCAUGUGUAUCAAAAUCACAUGAUGUACUUAUUAUAAUGCACCUCUUCAUCUCUAGCUAUCUCAAAAUACUUAAAAGGGAGACAUAAUUCCUUGAAUAUCAAUUCUAUUAUUUCUAAAGAAUCAGAAUGGGGAAAUUUUUUUUAAAAAAUUUCAAUUAGGUAUAUAUGACAGCAAAAUGCAUUUUGAUUCUUUGUACCCAUUGCAGCACAAUUUUUCAUUUCUCUGGCUUUACAUGAUGUAGCAUCCCACUCCAUGUGCAGUCUUACAAGUAUCUAGGGUAAUGAUGUCCAUCUCAUUCCACCAUCUUUCCUGCCCCCAUGCACC